AUGCCGUCACCGGACGCGGCGGCGAGGCACACGGGCGCCGGCGUGGCGCGUCGGCAGGCCCACCACGAGCGGAUGCGCGACGAGCGCGCUCGGGAAGCGGCCGCGGGCGACGCGGAGCUUCCGCCGGAGGACGACGCGGUCGAGAUGGCGAGCGCCGCCCAGCUGCUGGACAGCGUGGCGGAGGUGGGCCCGAACUACACCCUGCUGCGCAGCAAGGAGACGAAGGCGAAGCGGCGGAAGCGACAGCGCGAGGAUGCCAGGGCGGCGCUCGACGGCCACACUGUCCUGUCCACCGGAUCGCGCCUCGAGAUCUUCUGCGACAGUGAGCGGUGGUACCCUGCGACCGUCAUGGCGCGGGAGGAGGACGGGGACGGACGGAUCGCGCACCAGGUCGAGUACGACGGCUACCCGGAUCGGCGGUGGUGGCACAUGCUGGACGACGAGCGGUGGCGAGCCGUCGCAGAGCAGGCCGGCACGGGCGCAGGAGGCGCCGCCGCAGACGGGGAUGGGGAUGCGGCGAUGGACCGCGCGGACGGCGAGCGGGGCGCCCGUGCCGCGGGCGACGCCGAGGCGGCCGAGGUGCGGCCGGCGCCGCCUCCUGUGCGCCGGGGUGUGCAGCGCAGCGCGCUGGCGGACGCCCUCGAGGCGGAGGAUGACGAGCGGCAGGAGGAGGCCGCGUGCGGCGAUGGGCGGCCGAUGCUAGCGCCACACGGGCCGGCGCUGUCAGUGCAGCUUCGGCGCGUGCGCCUGCGGCUGCGCGAGUUCCUGGCGACGCAGGCCGCGGCGGGGAAGAGCGUGCCGAUGCAGCGUAUAUGUGGGACAAAAGCGUCGAAAAUCAAAAUGUCAAAAAAGUGUGUCUCGAGUUUGUGGCAGCUCCGCAGCCUGCGCGCGCCCAGGACGCACCACUCGCGCGUUCUGUGCACUCAGUGGGACCCAGGGAGUGCACAGAUCCAACAGGAGUGA